AUGGGAGAAACCGCCGCUGUUAUUACGAAUGGUGAAACAAACACCGGUCACGUCACCUCGGACUCGUCGCCCCCUCCAAGCCAGGAAGACCAGCCUCCUAUACCGGAGCCCCCGGACAUAGUAGUUAUAGAGAAGCCAACGUGCCCGCAUACCCUCUCAGCGCAGCAAGUCGCCGAAUUCCUCGGCACUGACCUCUACGAUGGUUUGACUACCGAAGAGGCUGCCGACCGCCUUGCGCGGGACGGCUCCAAUACCAUCAAAGGUGCCAAGGGGCUUUCCAUUUGGGAAAUCUUCCUGCAGCAGGUCGCCAAUGCCCUCACUGUGGUCCUCAUUGCCGUCGCCGCCUUGUCCUUUGCAAUUAGUGACUUUAUCGAGGCAGGCGUCGUCGUCGCAGUUAUUGUGCUGAACAUUGUCGUCGGUCUUGUUCAAGAUUACCGUGCCGAGCAGACUAUUCAGUCCCUGUAUGCCCUGUCCACUCCAAAAUGCAAAGUUAUUCGUGAUGGUCAUAGCGACACGGUCAAGGCAGAAACUCUUGUCAAAGGAGACUUGGUUUCUCUUGUGACUGGCGACGUCGUUCCAGCAGAUUUGCGCCUCGUCCAAGGCAUUAAUCUCUCCACAGACGAAGCUCAUCUGACGGGCGAAUCCGUUGCCAUCAGCAAGAAGCCUGACGCUGUCUUCGAUGAUGCCGACAUGGCCGUUGGAGACCGAGUCAAUCUCGUCUUCUCCGGUAGUUCUGUCACUCGUGGUCGCGCUACUGGCAUUGUCGUCUUUACUGGCAUGGAAACCGAAGUCGGACAAAUUGCAGAACUCUUGCGCCGAAAGAAGAAAGACACCGCAGGUAUGACCUCGACGAGGAAGGCAAUGUACAAAGUCCACCAAAGCAUUCGUAACAUUCUUGGCCUUGAGGGAACCCCACUGCAGGUAACCCUCAGCAAGUUUGCCCUGGUGCUUUUUGCUUUAGCCAUCCUCCUCGCCGUCAUCGUUUUCUCGGUCAGCAAGUGGCACAUCAACAAUGAUGUUUUGCUCUACGGCAUCUGUGUAGGCGUUGCUGUAAUCCCCGAAUCCCUGCUUGCAGUUCUCACUGUCACCAUGGCCGUUGCCACCAAGGCCAUGGUCAAGGGUCAUGUAAUUGUCCGCCAGAUGCCUUCCCUCGAAGCUGUUGGUGGUGUCACCAAUAUCUGCUCCGACAAGACUGGAACGCUCACUCAAGGUCGCAUGAUUACUCGUAAGGUCUGGCUACGCGAUGGCCUCACUGGAGUUACAGAAGCUACAUCAGACCCCUACGAUCCCAGCAGCGGCACUGUUACCUGGUCUGGCUCCCUCGCCGGAAGCUGCUUUGGCGCUUUCCUCAACACCAUCAAUCUAUGCAACAAUUCUACGGUCACUGAUGGAAAAAAGGAGCCCGAGACUGACACUAGCAGUGUCACAACUGCUUUUGAACCAGCUGAAUGGCGAGCUGUAGGAGAGCCGACGGAGAUUGCUCUAAAAGUCUACGCCAUGCGUUAUGGUCAGGUUCGCAACAAUGCUGAUCAGCUGAUUGCUGAGCACCCUUUCGACUCCUCGUGCAAGCUGAUGAGUGUGGUCUAUGGUACGGAUCUUGACGAGUCUCAUCAUGUCCACACCAAAGGAGCCGUGGAAGUCAUGCUUCCAAUCCUGGAUGAGACGGAAGAGUUCAAAGCUGCUAUCCAUGCCGAGGCCGAGUUGCUCGCCGGUGAAGGUCUCCGAGUGCUCUGUGUCGCCGACAAGGUGGUCGAAAACUCUCCCGACGAAGCCCUUGAUCGCGCUAAAUGUGAAUCCCGCUUGCGUUUUCUCGGUCUCGCCGGUCUAUACGACCCUCCUCGGCCAGAGACUGCGGGAGCAGUCCUCCAAUGCCGUGAAGCAGGCAUCUCCGUGCACAUGGUUACCGGCGACCAUAUCAAGACUGCAACUGCUAUUGCCUAUGAAGUCGGUAUCCUGUCGAACCAAGUUCCCUUGCCCCCCAACACCGUCAUGGCAGCUUCUGAAUUUGCCAGCCUGAGCGAUGAUGAAGUUGAUGCACUGGAUGCCAUCCCGCUUGUCAUUGCUCGGUGCAGCCCUCUGACAAAGGUCAGAGUUAUUCAAGCCCUUCAUCGACGAAAGGCUUUCUGCAUCAUGACUGGCGACGGUGUCAACGACUCCCCAGCUCUUAAGCAAGCUGAUGUCGGCAUCGCCAUGGGUGAUCGAGGCAGUGAUGUUGCCAAGGAGGCAUCAGACAUGGUCCUCACGGAUGACAAUUUUGCAUCCAUUGUCACUGGCAUCCAAGAAGGCCGUCGCCUAGCGGACAACAUUCAAAAGUUUCUGUUGCACUUGCUUACCUCGAAUCUCGCUCAAGUUAUUCUUCUUUUGAUCGGUCUCGCAUUCAAGGAUACAAGCGGUAACGCCGUCUUUCCUUUGUCUCCGUUGGAAAUCCUGUGGGCAAACCUCAUUACUUCGUCGCCACUAGCUCUUGGCCUCGGUCUUGAAGAAGCACAGCGAGACAUUUUACGUCGGCCACCUCGAAGUCUUCGCUCCGGUGUCUUCACCCUCGAUCUUGUCCGCGAUCAGCUCAUGUAUGGUACCUUUAUGGGAAGCUUGUGUCUAGCCGCAUUUAUGCUGGUGGUUUAUGGGUCUUCUGGCCAUGGCUACCAUGAUCUCCCUCAUGGCUGCAACGAGGACGGUGCCCAGGGUUGUGGUCUGGUGUUUCGGGCCCGUGCAACAACAUUUGCGGUCCUGAGCUUCCUUCUCCUGGUCACCGCCUGGGAGGUGAAGCAUUUCCAACGCAGCCUGUUUGCCAUGGACGAGCGCUUCACAGGUCCUUUUGCCGUGUUCAAGACUGUGUACCACAAUCGCUUCUUAUUCUGGUCGGUCGUUGCUGGGUUCCUCGUGACGUUUCCCGUUAUCUACAUCCCCUUUAUCAACACACAUGUGUUCAAGCAUCAAGGCCUAACGUGGGAGUGGGGUGUGGUUUUCGGUUGCGUGGCUGCCUACAUUGCUCUUAUCGAGGGCUGGAAGGCGGUCAAGCGGAGGUUCCGUCUGGGUGUCGAUGUGCUGCCGGCUGCUCUUUCGCCUGCAUAG